UUCUCCACAACAUUUUGGAGACAUGGGUUUGAUAAACUCACUUCCUCAAGGCCCUCCACUGAGGAUCGUGAUGAUCGGUAAGACUGGAGUUGGGAAGAGCGCUGUUGGAAACACCAUAUUGGGGAGAAAGGCUUUUGGCUCUGCUGUCAGUGCGCAUUCAGUUACACAGCAGUGCAGUGCAGAAAAGACUUCUGGUUCCAGACCCAUCACAGUCGUCGACACACCUGGUGUGCUGGACACAGGCAGAACACCAGAGUCAAUAAGAAAAGAGAUCGUGAAGUGCAUCCAAAUGUCCAAUCCUGGUCCUCACGUCUUCCUCCUGGUCCUGCAAGUUGGACGUUUUAGCCCAGAAGAAGAAAGAGCUGUGGAAGCUCUAGAGACCAUCUUUGGAACAGAGGCAUCCAAGUACAUGAUAGUCCUCUUCACACGAGGCGAUGAUCUGAAGGGAUCAAGCAUCCAGCAGUACGUGCGAAACGGCCAUCCCAAACUCCUUGAGGUAGUCAACAAGUGUGGGAACCGCUACCAUGUGCUGAAUAACAAGCAGAAGCUGAACAGGCGUCAGGUGGUGAAGCUGAUUCGGAAGAUUGACGACAUGGUGGCUGGGAACGGUGGGUGCCACUUUACCGAAGAGAUGUUCUCGGAGGUGGCGAAAGCACCAUUGCAGACAGAGCUCAAGCAAGACAUCGCCCAAGGGGGUUCAACACAGGGGUUCAACAACGACUUCUUCAUGUCUCAGCUACUGCAAAGAAUAAUUUUGUUCCAGACCAUACUAGCCACUGCUGCCCAGGGGGCGACCAUGAACCCCCAAGACCACUUAUCCAACGACUUCAACAUCAAUAAUAGUUGAUCAGUAUUUGCUUUUGCGAUCACUCCACAAGACAGAUUAGGUUAGUGACCGCAUAAUGAAUCAGAGACGGAUGAACUGGAUCAGACCACUGUUUUACUUUACUACUUUUGUUUCUCUCACAGGUGAAGCCCAUUCACUUUAUAUACACUUUGUGUGUGUAUCCAACGAUCAUUUUUGCGCAUCCUUUCUUUAACAUUCUGGAACAUUUUGGAUCCACACCUCAUUUUUAAUGAUCAACAAAUGUCAGAUCUUGAUGACUCUGUGAGAGGAUUUGUUGUUUACGUGAACUGGUGGGGUCUUGCUUGGUUCAAUUGCUGCUUAUGAUGCCAAAGUCACUUUGAGGCAGCUGUUUGUUGGAUCUGCAGCCCAUCAAAUGUCAAUAGAAUAUGAACCAAAGUGUGACAGUGUAUGUGAAUGCAACAAAAACAUUUGUUGUUUUUUU